AAAAAUAUAUUUUUUAUAAUUUUUGAGCAAAAUCAGCAUAAAUUUAGAGACUUAAUAGCUUGAGAAUAUAAGUCACGAUGUCAUUUGCAAACUUGAUAUCGAGGACUUUGGUUCAAUCGGUGCAGCAAAAAGUGUUUCAAAAUAUUUCGCAGAAAGAGCCGGAAGAUUUAAGCGAAGAAGACGAGGAAAUGGCGAAUAAUCAACUUGACGAGUCCAUUGACGACAUCGAGUCAUACGACAAUUGCAAAGUUGUUGGUAUCCGUGACCGUUUCUUGCUGAUUCAGGAAAAUGAAGAAAAUAAAAUUAAAAUUAACAUGGACGAAAUUGAGCUGGAAGACGGUUACACGCCGGAUAUCGGAGACAUUGUCAGCAUCGAUUACGAAAUUCUGGAAAACGGAGAACAAAAAUACAAAAAAGUGUAUCCAGAUCCCGAGGAUACCAAGGAAAUUCAUGGCACUGUGACUUAUUUGGAUGACGAUUGGGGAAUCGUGAACGGGACUUACUUGUUUAACAGACGAAUUUUCACGGAAGGAUUUCGUUGCAACAAAGGCAGCACUGUUAUUUGUCGAACUAUUGCUUGUGAGCGAGAAUUUAAUGCUAAAGAUUAUUUUUUCAGAUGUUUCACAAUAAAAUUGCAAGGACAGCACAUGACUUACAGCCACAAUCGAGAAUUGAAGAAAUUACGAGAAAAAUACAGGAAUAAGGAAAAUUUCGCCGAACGAGAUAUCAAACUUCACAGCAAAACAUGCGUUUUUAAGUUUCACAAAGUGGGCGAAGAGCUGACAAAUUCAUUUAUUCUCGAGAAUAAUGGCGACAAACCCUUAACACUGAAGAAAAUUCGUUUCAAAAGCAACGAGGAUCAAGAAAAUUUCGAAUUGAAGCUCGUUGAAGAGCUCGAUCAAGUUGAUAUUCAGCCAAAAGACAUACUUCAAGUGAAAAUUUCCGCAAAAACGAACACAAAUGUCUCUCACAGCACGAAAAUUUUGUUCUUUUUCGAGCCAUAUGUGAUCUCGGGCACAAUUCACAUCCACAAUGCCGACCCAGAUGCUGAACUUGUCAAAAAUAAAUAUUACACGGAAAGCUUAUUGCAGCAACAAACAGACGUCAUUCCCGGCGAAAAGCCAUGUCGUGGUCCAAAAUUCACGGCAAAUCCCAUUGCGCCGCAUUUAAUUCCCGAUCGGAUCAAAGAAAUUAUCCUCCAAAGUGCUUCGUAUGACAAAAUCAAUAACGAUCUCAUCAACAGCAUUCCUCAAGUGGCGGAAGAACUUUCCUACGAAAAUUACGUCUGCAAGCUCAGUACCUUGUUGCAUCUCGAAGAAAUUGAGUUGUACCAUCAGAUGCGUCAAUAUGAUCAAGAAAAGGCACGCCUGACGCGUGAAAAUGAAUUUUUCGGUUUGGUUGUCGAAGGUUUGACCGAAAGACGUCCUUCGCUCGUCAUCGGGGAUCGCGUCAUUUUAUCGUAUCCCAAAUCGACCACGAAGCACGAAGGAUGGAUUCAUCAAGUGCGACACGAUACAAUUUUAUUAAAGUUCAGUCAGGAGUUCCAUUCGCAAUAUAAUGCGGAGUUAGUAAGACUCGUCUUUGAGUUUUCGCGUGCUAAUUUCAAGAAACAACAUGAAGCUGUAAAGAGAGUCUUCGAAAAAGUUUCUCAAAAUUUCCUGUUCCCGAAAGAAAUGAAAAUUAAAACGCCGAUCCAUAAUUUGACCUUGAAUGACGAUGAGGAAAUGGUUUUCUCCGGAUUUGAUAUGAAAAUCAAGUGGAAUAAUAAGAAUUUGAAUCUGCAUCAAAAGAAGGCGGUGAUGAAUGUGUUGAGAGGUGAAGCGAGACCCAUGCCUUAUAUUAUCUAUGGACCACCAGGAACAGGAAAAACGAUGACUUUGAUAGAAAUCGUGCAACAAAUAACGACACUUGAUGAGGAAGCUCAUGUUUUGGUAGCCACUCCAUCAAAUAGCUCAGCUGAUUUGAUCACUGAACGUCUUUUAGAAAACAAUCCCGAGUUAGGAUCCAUGCUUGUACGAGUCGUCGGUCAUAAUUUAGUUGAAAAAGACACAAUUCCCUUGAAUCUGAGAGAAUAUUGUGCUACUUUAGAGCUCGCCAUGGAAGGAACGAUCCUUGAAAAAAACAACAAAAAUGACGAUGGAAUCCUUUUGCGCAUCCAAAUCGGUCCCUUAAUGAAGAAGAAAAUUAUUGUCGGCACCUGUUCCUGCAUUGGUAAUCUCAUGACACAACGAUUUCCCGCCAAUCAUUUUACCCAUGUCAUUAUCGACGAAGCUGGGCAACUAAUUGAACCGGAAGCCAUGAUCCCAAUUUCGCUCGUUAAGGAACAAGGACAAGUAAUUCUCGCUGGAGAUCCGAAACAAUUGGGCCCAAUCGUGUUUAGUCGUUACGCUAAAGAACUGGGCUUGGUGCAAUCGUAUCUCGAUCGUUUGUUGGCCGAACAAUUUUACAUGGAAAAAGACACGGGAUUCGAUGAGAAACUUGUGACGAAAUUAAUUGACAACUAUCGUUCCAUUCCGAGUAUUUUACGAGGCUACAACGAAAUUUUCUAUAACGGAGCUUUGGUAGCUAAACUCGAUCAAAACGAUCCCGAAUGCAAAGAAAUGAUUGGACUCAAGAAAUGCCAACCGCUUUUGCGAGAAAUGUCCGAUCACUAUUCCGAGCGAAAAAGUUGGAUGAGCGGCAUUCAUUUCGUUCCCGUUGCUGGCACCAAUGAACACGAAUCUAGUUCGCCAUCGUGGUUCAAUACCUUUGAAAAAAAUAUCGUCGUCAAUACUUAUAUCAAACUUCUGACACAUUGCGGCUUCCAACCAAACGACAUCGGAAUCAUAAGUCCCUAUAAAUUGCAAUGCAAGAAAAUUUUGGAAGAAUUGAAAGCAAAAAAAUUCAAAAAUUUACCAAAAAUCGGUUCUGUUGAAGAAUUUCAAGGACAAGAAAAGGCAGUUAUUCUCAUUUCGACUGUACGAACGAGCGUCAAUAAACUCGGAGAGGACAAAAAAUUCACUUUGGGAUUCGUGCAAGAGCCGAAACGAAUGAAUGUAGUCAUCUCUCGUGCCAAAAGUCUUCUCAUCGUCUUUGGAAGUCCCGAAAUACUGCAAACUGACACAAAUUGGCUGCAAUUAAUUAAUUUAGCAAUCAGCUAUAAAACGUAUCAUGGGAUUCCAGUUGCUCCAGUGUCACCUGUUAAAAAAUCUAAAGUUUAAUUUUUAUUAUUUUAAGAAAAAAAAUUUAAAUUUACAGUCAGAACGUACAAAAAAAUUCGAAUCGAAUCUGUUAAAAAUAUUUUUAUAAGAGUAAAACUCAUUAAUUGUAAGAAAUUAAGGAAAAAAUUAAAAUUUUCAUCUGUUCAAUAUUUUUAAGACAAUAUAUAUAAAUGAAGAAUCUAAGAAAAAUUGAAUCAGUUUCUUUUAAGUCACUAAUCAGAAAACAUGGAAAAGUCAAUUUUUUUACUCGUUGUUGCUUAUUUUGCCUUAGUUGCUUGUAAUAAAAGUGCUAACGAGCAAUGUCUCAAUCGCAUUUUCCCAGGCAAGAAACUUGAAGAUGUCAAAUGGGGAAAAUUAAUGGUCGAAGCUUUUGUCAAGGACAAUCGUGACUACCAAUGUUUCAUCUUAUGUGGCUUAUCAAACCUCAAUAUCUUGACGAAAAAGGGCAUUGUUGAAACUAAAAAUAAUCCGCUUGCUUCUGAGCUUGGUGAUGAAAUUGCUGCAUGUUCUGCUCUUGUAGAGCAUUCUGCCGAUAAUUGUGUCAA